GGGAGAUUGGAGGACCGGCGAGGGGGUGUUUGAGGAGCCGGCGGGCGGGCCGCGGCGAGCGGACUCUCUUUCCUGCACCUCCUUGGUGCUAGGAGGCGGGCUUCGGGGUCGCUGUCUGCGCCGCCGCCUCUGUGGGCCGGGCGAACUCACGUGACGCGCGCGGGCUCUGGAGCGGCUGGCAGCACUGAGGAAGCAGCGGCGGCGACGGCAGAGGCGGCGACAGCAGCUGGGAGGUAGCGACCUGGAGAGCGACCGGCCGGCUGCCCUCUCGGACGGCCGCGGCGAAAGAGAAAAAUGGCGGAGGCCUCGGCGGCCGGGGCCGGCGCGGGUGCCGCGGUUGCCGCGCACCGGUUUUUCUGCCACUUUUGCAAAGGCGAGGUCAGCCCCAAACUACCGGAAUAUAUUUGUCCCAGAUGUGAAUCAGGCUUUAUUGAAGAAAUGACAGAUGAUUCCAGUUUUUUAGGUGGUGGCAGCAGCACAUCAACACAUUUUGCAGAGUUCUGGGACCAUUUGGACCCCACGAUGUUUUUCCAAGAUUUUAGACCCUUUCUAAGUAGCAGUCUACUGGACCAAGAUAAUAGAGCCAAUGAGAGGGGUCACCAAACUCACACUGACUUCUGGGGACCAAGUCGGCCUCCACGGCUGUCAGUGACUCAAAGAUACAGAUCUCGAGGAAGUACUCGUCCUGAUAGAUCCCCUGCUUUUGAAAGAGUACUACAGCAGAUCAUUGCAGGAUUCAUUCCUGGAUCCCCAUUUUCUUGGAGCGGGAUGCUGCACUCCAACCCUGGGGACUAUGCCUGGGGUCAGACAGGGCUUGAUGCCAUUGUAACUCAGCUUUUAGGACAACUGGAAAACACAGGGCCUCCCCCAGCUGACAAGGAAAAGAUCACAUCUCUUCCAACAGUGACAGUAACUCAGGAACAAGUUGAUAAGGGUUUAGAAUGUCCAGUAUGCAAAGAGGAUUACACAGUUGAGGAGGAAGUCCGGCAGUUACCCUGCAACCACUUCUUUCACAGCAGUUGUAUUGUGCCGUGGUUAGAACUGCACGACGCAUGUCCUGUAUGUAGGAAGAGCUUAAAUGGUGAGGACUCUACUCAGCAAACCCAGACCUCUGGGCCCUCUGCAAGCAACAGAUUUAGCAGUGACAGCCAGCUACAUGACCGAUGGACUUUCUGAAACUAAAGACCGCCUCUGAGCCAGGGCUAUAGUAGACCUCUUAUCACAGCUGUUAAUUGUAUCAAAACAAAAAAAUCGUAGGUGAAUUUAGGAAUCACCUAAGAAACCCCAACCCAUAAUAUUCAUUCAUUGAGUGUUUUUCUUCUCUAAAUUUAAAGUUAGUAUCUACAGAUGGAAUUGUAUCUACAACCAAAUGCCUCUCAUUCUUGAAUUCAGAGUGAUAAUUCUGUAAGUGCGAAACUUAAUUAUGUGGGUUUCCCCUGCCAGAAUAGAAUCAGUUCCUUAAAGUCUAGCUAGGUCCUGCUGUCUGUCAUGUUACCUUGUGAUGGAUGUUUCCACCUCUUUCUCCAACCUCCACCCUAUCAUUAGUGUACUUUACACUAAAUACAGUGAAACCAGAGCCCUAAAGUCCUGCUGAUAUAAAGUCCUUCUGUUUUAAUUGUACAAAAGCAUCUACUUCUGGCCACAUUAGCCACGAAGUGAGAUCAGAUUAAUUCAAGAAUCUGAGACUAAUGAUUCUUGUUUUUUUCUUAAAUCUUCAGAGAGCAAAUCAAAGAAAAAUUACAGUGGGAAGGAGAAAGUGGCUUAUCAUUGUUAAAAUCUUUGGUUUUCUCAUUUUUAUUUUUAAAGACUACUUCACAAGAUGCAGCUUCUGCAGAAACCAACCUGACAUGUCUUAGGAGUCUUAUGUUGGGAGGAAUCUGAUUCUGGUUCCUUUUUGGGAAUGGGUUGGGCAGCAUAUAGGCACAGAAAGACAGAUGUUUGAAAUUUUCUCGGUUCUGAGGUUUUUUAGUGAUCCCCAACUCAUUGUUUAUCCUGGGGAUCUUAAAAUAAUUUCCCUCACAGAAAUAGAAUUACUUCAUUACUGCUUCUACAGCUAAGUCAUUGUUUUUUGUAAUUCAGUGGUCUUCAGGAAUUGAGAUUUUAUGUUGUCCCAUUUUAAUUUUUUAAGCCCAUUUAUCAUCUCUGAAACCUUUCUGUUUGCUUGGUUCUGGCUGUACUUGGAGUCAUACUGAUUAUUGUGAUCAUGUCCAAACAACUUGGCCUAGGAGAGGUAGGCCUUCUUUUUUCAGCCUAACAGUGUCCCAUGCACAUGCACAUGCUCUUUGGCGCAUUUAAGUGUUUAAAGUUGAAUAAAUGAAGAAGAUUAAGAAUGUUGUUGGAACUUCAAAGUCUCAAAAAUAAAUGAUGGGGACAUGUAACCACUGUUGGUGCACCAAAACGGGUGACAGAGGGGCAACAAUGGUAUGGUCAUAUCAGCCCUUCCUAGUUCGGAAUGAUCAGAACAAGAAGCCUGCUCUUUGGUGAGUCUCUUGGCUAGGAGUCUUUCCUCGGUUUUUGUUGACUGUCGUACACUGGUUUUGGGGGUGAGGGAUGGGGUUAGAGAAAUCUUUGUAAUUUAGUAGAGGACAGAGGAGUAAGAGAGGGAAGAGAGAAAGUGGGAGAGUUUAAUUUAAUAGCCUGCCUCUAAAAGUUGUGACCAUAAGGUAUGAUUCAGGUUGGGCCCAGAGAGAAUAAAAGAUGUUUUCUCAUAUGCCUUA